GCGUUUGACUCGUUAGUUUUCCGCAAUGGCUCUCAGGAUACUUUUCGCAUUAUGCAUGAUAUACGGUACGUUGUCGAAGCCAGUUUCGAAGCAAGCCGUACAAGAUGAAAGAGAAUCUUGCGACAGUUUGGUGUAUUGCCGCGGACAGCUGCUCGAUAUCGUUCAGAACGCCGGAAUCUUCACCGAUUCGAAGACCUUCGUAGAUUUGAGCCAGAAGCAUCCACAGCAACAAACCUUGCGAAACUUCGAAGAGCUUUUGAACAGGACCAAUCGCAAACCGACUAGAGACGAGAUAAAACAGUUUGUAAAUGAUAAUUUCGAGGACAGCAACGAAUUGGAAGACUGGACACCACCGGACUUUAAGGAAAACCCGAAAUUCUUGGACAAGGUAAAAAACAAAGACAUCCGGCACUUCGCUAAGGACCUGGUCGCCAUUUGGGCGACUCUCGGUAGAAAAAUCAAAUCUUCCGUCUUCGAACACCCCGAUCAGCAUUCUUUGAUCGGCGUCCCGAACGGCAUAAUCAUUCCGGGCGGUAGAUUCAAAGAAUUCUAUUACUGGGACUCGUAUUGGAUCGUUGAUGGUUUGAUAAUUAGCGAAAUGGUGGACACCGCCAGAGGUAUCGUGGAAAAUCUUUUGUCCAUGGUGGAAAGGUUCGGUUUCGUUCCUAACGGCGGCAGAAAGUACUAUUUAAACAGGUCGCAACCGCCUCUAUUAACGGUGAUGGUCGAGAGUAUCUACAAAACGACCAAGGACGUCGAAUGGUUGAACAAGCAUAUCGGUACCUUGGAAACGGAACUCAAUUAUUGGCUGGACAAGAAAACAGAAGUGAUCGAAAAAGAUGGGGUGAAGUACCAGUUGGCCCAUUACAUUUCGCAGAGCGUCACGCCGAGGCCGGAGUCCUAUCGGGAAGACGUCAACACUUGCGCCUAUUUUUCGGACAAAGCUGGAAAGGAACACUGCUUCCAAGGCCUGAAAAGCGGAGCCGAAUCUGGAAUAGAUUUCUCUAGUCGCUGGUUGUUUGACGAACAUGGCGGCGACAAGGCGAAUUUAAGCCACAUAGACGCCCAAAGAAUAAUCCCCGUGGACCUCAACGCGUUCCUGUGCAAAAACUUCGAGCUACUAUCCGAAUUUCACAUCGUGCUGGGCAAUCCCGAAAAGGCGGCCGCGUGGAAAGAAAAAUCCGAGACUUGGAAAAAAUCGAUCCAACUUGUUUUGUACGAUAGGGAUGACGGUAUAUGGUACGAUUACGAUCCAGUACUUCAAAAAUCGCGUAAAAUGUUCUACCCCACCAAUUUCGCUCCCCUGUGGGCCGGAGCGUACGACAUCAAAAUUAAGAAUGAGUACGGCAAAAGGGCGGCAGCAUAUUUUGAAAAAAUGCGCAUCGGAGAGUUCAAAGGGGGCAUACCAUCGUCAUUGGAAAAUAGCAACGAGCAAUGGGACUUGCCCAAUGCUUGGGCUCCCGAACAGGAACUGGUUAUUAUUGGACUUUGGAACACGGGUCAUUCUAAAGCGAAACGCUUAGCCAAGCAAUCGGCGCAGAACUGGGUAGAGUCUACUUUUAGAGGAUUCCAAGAAACUCACGCUAUGUUCGAAAAGUACGACGCUACUAGAGUAGGUCAAUAUGGCGGGGGUGGCGAAUAUGAAGUUCAAACUGGCUUCGGCUGGACCAAUGGACUUUGUAUCAAGUUAAUAAAUAUGUACUAUACAUGCGAUUCCUGUAAAAGCAGCAAAGAGAGUAAAGAAAAGAGUGGAAGCGGAAGUAGUAAAUCUUCAGACAGUGACAGCUCCAACAGCAGCGAUAGUGACAGCUCCCAUAGCAGCAGAAGCAGCUCCGAUGAAAAUGACACUUCGAGUUCGAGUUCCAGUUCGAGUGAUGAAAGCGGCAGUAAACGCCAUAAAUAAGCGGAGCAGUUAUAAUAAAAAAUAAAAAUUAAUAAAAUUGAAAUUGAAACAA